UUGAUGCCUGAAGUUGCUGUUGUUUGGAUACUGUGUUGCUCUUAUCUGCUCCUGACAUUGAAGACACAUUAAAACCCGAGAUAGGGACACGGUGGGCAUUUACCGACCGGCGAGUUUAUGAGUAACAAGGGAAGCGUCUCAUCGCGAGGACUUUGAAUUUGCGCACUAGCGGCAGAAGAGCUAGCUCCAAAGCUUAAACCUUCGGUGGAAGGAAGAAAGAAAAACAGCAGAAAGACAGCCGACGGCUUGGCGUGCUUUCUUUGUUUAUGUCGUGCCAGUCUGAAACGGCAGUAUUAAUUUUCCGUGUGUUGAGUUUAGAAUUUUUCUGAGCUAGACGUUAUUUAUAUUUCUACUUCAGUACCAGUACGCGAAAAGGGCAGCUAGUUCGUCAGCUAACGUUAGCUCAUAGCGCAAAGAAACAGUCAAUGUUGUCAAGCUUUGAUGCUUUCGUAACCGCCCGACAGUGACAGAUAACGAUAGCCAACAGUGAGAAUAGUCGGGUUUGGAGGAAUUGUUUCCGUGCCUCUGUAUUUUUUUAGCUGUUUGCCACUGGAUCAGGUGCUCUGUUGGAUACAUAGGACACAGCACUGUAGCCGAACAAGCUGAUAUUCAGUUAUUAAAUUGGAGCCUGUUGGACAAGUUUUAGCUAUCUGUUUGUUUUUUCUUCACUUUAAAUUAAGUGAAUUCAGGUUCGAUUGUUUUUUUUUUUUCUGUAUCGAUUUUUAAACCACACAAAGAGCUAAGCAAUAGGUUAACUGACAGCUGGCCUUGUGCGUUUUAGGUUUGCUGACAGGUUGCGUAAUUUGUUUGUGUGCAAGCUGACAGCCUUUGCUGGGUAACUUGUUAAGUUGUAAUUUAAAACUUAUGUAUUUCUGUCAAGUCUUAGGCGGUCAGCCUUUGGUGGCGUUGUGGAUAUCAUUUUAAAUAUUUAACACAUUUCAAUUGUCCUUUGGUACCAUAUUAAUGUGGAGAACAUAUGACAUGUGAUAAAGAGGUCACUUUUUACUGUAACUCAUAGACUGAGUAGCUGCUUGAAGCACACACUCAUGAAUUUGGUAGCUUUAGAAAAAUAAGUAGGUAGAGUUAUGAAUUAAAGCAGCCAGCUGAAACUAUCGUGAGACGUUAUCAGGGAGAGUCAAGCAGAGAGAAAGGGUCCCUCAGAGGGUCCCAUUGUGUCUUGAGGUGAGGUGAGCUGCCCCCCCCUACUACUUGCCAAUGCUGGAUCUGGAGGUGGUGCCUGAGAGAUCACUAGGAAAUGAGCAAUGGGAAUUUGCCUUAGGGAUGCCAUUGGCCCAGGCCAUCUCUAUUCUACAGAAACACUGCCGCAUCAUCAAAAAUGUCCAGGUGCUAUACAGUGAACAGACGCCACUCAGCCAUGACCUCAUACUGAACUUGACACAGGAUGGGAUUAAACUGCUGUUUGAUGCCACGAAUCAGAGACUCAAGGUGAUUGAAGUGUAUGACCUAAGCAAAGUCAAGUUGAAAUACUGUGGAGUCCAUUUCAACUCUCAGGCCAUUGCCCCCACAAUAGAGCAAAUAGACCAGUCAUUUGGAGCUACGCACCCCGGAGUUUACAAUGCCGCAGAGCAGUUGUUCCAUCUCAACUUUCGAGGACUGUCCUUCUCCUUCCAACUGGACUCUUGGAACGAAGCUCCAAAAUACGAGCCUAACUUUGCCCUGGGUUUGGCCUCCCUGCAGAUUCCACACGGGGCCAUGGUCAAGAGGAUGCACAUCUACACUGGCAACAACCUGCAGGAAACAAGAGCUCCGGCAAUGCCUUUGGCUUGUUUCCUUGGCAACAUCUAUGCAGAGUGCGUGGAUGUCCUGAGAGAUCGGGCAGGGCCUCUGGGGCUCAAACUCCGCCUUCUCACUGCAGGUUGUGGUCCUGGUGUGAUGACUGAUGCUAAAGUGAGGUCUCUAGAGAGGAGCAUCUACUUUGGAGAUUCCUGUCAGGAUGUACUGGGUGCUCUGGGCUCACCACAUAAAGUCUUCUACAAGUCUGAGGACAAGAUGAAGAUUCACUCUCCAUCACCUCACAAGCAGGUUCCUUCUAAAUGUAAUGACUACUUCUUCAACUACUUCACCCUCGGAGUGGAUAUCCUGUUUGACUCGACAACUCACCUGGCUAAGAAGUUUGUCCUCCAUACCAACUACCCUGGACAUUACAACUUCAAUAUAUAUCAUCGAUGUGACUUUAAGAUUCCACUAGUCAUUAAAAAAGAAGGAACUGAUUCUCAGACAGAGGACUGCAUCUUAACCACCUACAGUAAGUGGGAUCAGAUUCAGGAACUGCUGGGUCACCCGAUGGAGAAACCUGUAGUGCUCCACAGGUCCUCAUCAGCCAAUAACACCAACCCGUUCGGCUCUACCUUCUGCUUUGGACUGCAGAGGAUGAUCUUUGAGGUGAUGCAGAAUAACCACAUAGCAUCGGUGACCCUCUAUGGUGCUCCACGGACCACCAGUCAAGCCCGACCUGAGUCCAGUAGUAGUUCCCACUGAACAAGUAACCAGAACCACAUCCCAUUCUGGCCUGUCCUGAAUCUCGUACCUCUACUGACUGAACUUCUGAUAACCCAGAGACAGAUUCUUAACCAAGCAGACCUAACCCAGAACUACAAAGUUAUGCUUGCCCAGCUCAGAUGCUAAACAUUGAGCAGAAACACAACGAGAACCCAAAAUAACUCAGAAACAAACAAAUCAGACCUGGCAUUAAUCAGCAUUUCCCAGCGGGCACUUAGAUUUGUUCUUCCAAUCAAACACACCCAGCCGGCACAGUCAAACCAACUCUGACUAUCUAAUGACACCCAGGAUCUGUCGUUAUGGUGGCAGUGCAGGAGCAUUGAUGCUUUGAAAUGAAACCAGAAGUUAUUUCUUGGUUGUGUGGGAAUAUCACUGUGGUGCUGCCAACUGACAUGGUGAAGAGAUCGGCUUUCUGGUAGAGUUCAGCUAUUUUCUGUCUCCAUCCUGUGACUGCAUCCGCCCAGGACCACAGAAGAAGAGUUUGUCCAGACUGUAGUUUGGACAGCAUGGUUCCAACAGUAAGACGUACUGGCAGCCUAAAUGUGACAGUAGCCACCAUAGCGCUGUGGUGGUGAGACAACUAGUAUUUGAAUUCAUCUGCUGCAAAUCUCUAAGUGUUUAACAUCAAAGAUAGAGUUGUGAAGUUAACAUGGCUGCCAGUGAAAAGUGCUGUGGCUAAAGUCUUGAAACGAACUCUGGCUCGACCCACUGACUUUAACAUCAACCGACCACACUGCCAGCCCAACCAGUACCGCCUGUCUUCCUGCCACAACUUCAGAACCAGUCCCAACUGGCUCAGUCAAAACCCGGACACAUCCAAACCGCAAGAACCAAAUCAGCCCAGCCCCAACCAAGAGACAUCAGAGCCAAACACACUGCAAAGGACUGUAACCAAAAAAAACACAAAAAAAAAAAAAAAACCCAUGAGGAUCCAGAUUUUGUUGUACAAGAGAAGAACCAAACACACUCAGGGUGUGGGGAGAGAGACACGGCCCAGAACGUAACCCGCUCCAUGACCGGGCUCAAUCAAACAAGACGUUAAGCCUCUUUAAGCAGAAUGAUCCAAACAUCACCUCCCCUGAUCAUUGUCCCCCUCUUCAUCUUCCUGCUCAUCCUUCAAACUUUGUUCAGUGGUGCCCUCAAAGACACACACAGGCACAAGCACAUAUAACAGCAGUAAACACUUUUAUUAGCCCAAAGCUGUUAACUUGCAGCUCUGGAUGUUAGCGUCACACACUCACUCACAUAAAUGGAUAUCUGCAUGUGUUAGGCUGCUGAUUUUUACAAUUUACAUUUCAAGACUUAAAUCCAAGCACACAGCAUUUCAGUCCCUUCACUACUGCGUCCUCGCAUAUUUCUGAUACAUAAAAGCUGGCUCGUCUUUUUUUUUUAGCCUUUUACGCGCUUACACAAAUACGGAAACACGCAGGCAUGACACGAGAAUUUUGCAUGAACUCGGCAGACGUUUUUGAAUGGGAAGAGACUUAUUACAAGCACAAACUGGCAACCUGUUGCAUUUUAUUUGAUCCUGCAUGUUGUGAGGAGCAUAGACUUGGCACACGGUUUUAUUUCUCUCUGCCCUCUUCCACUCACUCACACCAUGAUCAUUUCCAUUAUGCUCUGUGUUUUUUUAAAAUCCGUUUUUACGUUUGCACUAAUAUACACCUUUUUACUUGACUGGUUGAUUGUGCCCUAUGUUCAGAGAUGGAUUUGUGGAGACAUUUGGAGAGAGAGUGGUGUGUGUGUGGGUGUGUGUGUUGGGGUGUGUGUAUGUGUGUGUCUGUGUAUUUUUAUCCAUAAGUUUGGACAGUCAUGUCCUCUGCGUUACACUCUCCUCUCUCUUUUCUCUGCGCUCUCUUCAUCUCUACAUCUCAUCGAUGCGUUGCAAUUCAUCCCUCGGCAGUGUCUGCUUUUAUUUCUUUGUUGAAUUGCCAAAUGCUACAGCCAAAGACGUUCCAGGAUGAUUUCAUUUGAUCUGCAGACAUUAUCACUGUAAUCUCAAAGCAAAUCGCAAAGCCCCUAAAUUCAGCUCCUGGUUUCUCUAACUGCUGACUGUAAUUACACAAGACAAGAAUAGCUGACUUAUGUGAGUGUUUUGAAACCAAUCAGCCUGUCUUUCAUGCUCACAGAUAGGGACACGCUAACAAUAGUAACAAUUGGUGUCGUCCCUAUUGUGAGCGUCUCUUGUACAGUGGUUAUUGUUGUCACAGAGCUGUAAUUUAAAGUUUAAUUACCAUCAUUUCGCUGUGGAUUCAGUACAUUUGACCCCAUUAUGGAAAUGGGGAAGAACAUCAUUCAUUCCUUCAUCAUAAUAUAUGAUGCAUCCCCUCCCCAGUGUAUAAAUUUAAGUUCUUUUUUGAUUACAAGCAACUGAAUAAACAGUGUAUUAAUGUUAAUACACAUAUUCUCUUUUAUUGUCCGUUGAUGUAAAUGCCAUUGCAUGCUUUUAGUUUUUUUUUUUUCCACAGUUGCUGAAUUUUUUUGUAUCAACAUGUGUGAAGGCAUCAGGGUUAGGACGUCAGGGCCCGUAUACAUGACGUAGUGUGUAUAGUGCAGAUCAGAGACAAAUUAGUUUUUGUUGAGAAUGAAACACAGUUGGCUGUUUGUAGGUGGGUCACAAAAAAAACGGGUAAGAUUAAUAAAAGAUUAUUUGUUUUGAGGUGGCAUCAUAGGUUUUAACAUUCGAACUUGCUUCAUUAUGUUGUCUCUUUUUAUUACUAAGAUCUUAUACAUGUUCCUCAGCAACCCCAGUUGAGUCAGUUGAUUGAUUUGAUCUCUGAGGGUAUCACUCUGUGAGGUAGCUGUACCUCAAACCAGAUUUUCAAUAGACAAAAAAGAAUAGUAUGAAAACUUUCAUUGUAAUAUCAGAAGGAAACUAAAUUUUAGUUGAAUUAUAUUACCUAAUCAACAGUAAACUUUUUUUUUUAGAAUUAGUGAUGUCUUUAUUUACAGUACCUUGUUUUUUGGCACAGCAUGACUCUGAGCUUUAGGACAGUUAAACUAGAUUUCCCGAAGACAGAGUUAAAGAUCAGCUGAAGAAGAAAUUGGUUUCUGUGCCGCUUAAAUCCAGUUAUUUCUCAGAACAGCCUGGCUGUUCCUUAUUUUUGCAUGUAUUUAUGUAUUCGGGCCCUAAUGCUUAUAGAGUUGAUGUACAAAUGCUGUAAAUAGUUGUGUGCUCUUAUUCUGGUGUCAUCUUAUUUACAUGAUCUUAAUGGACUGGUACAGACACAACUGACUCAGAUGCCGCCUGAGUAUCUUAAUAUUUCCUCCUUGAUUCUAAUUCCAUUCAAAUAUCAGGAGGAGGAAUCUUUUCACAACUGACUCAUUAACAAUCACUGGAACGAUUUUUUUUUUUUUUUUUUUUAAUUCUAGACCACUCAGUAUUGAAACUUUUCACGUGCAAUGCUAAGGCUGCAAGUACGCAGACGUGUUGGGUGUCAGUAGAUAGUCCUGCUUCAGCUUGGCCUGAGCAGGUUCUGCUGUGGGUUGUUGAUGUUUGAUCCACAGAAUAUACAAAGCUCUAUUUACACAGGCAGGGAAAACAAUAACCAUCCUUCACAUUUGGACUGGAAGAGAGCUCUGAUAGAGUUGCUUUUGUUGAGUGGACAGAAUCCGAUUUGGGAGUCCAGCUUUGGCAUGUUGCUAGAUUUUACGUCCACUUGUUUACGCUAGAGAAAAAAAAUGUCUUGGGCUGCAGAUUUCUUGCAGCCAAACUCCCUCCCCACUGAGCUGAUGUGCUUUCUGGAGCCAGGAGAGAUGGAGGCUCCACUCCUUGCUUUUCUGAAACAGGAACCCCCCCCCUGAUUUGAAUAGGGAAACGGAUGUAAUUUAUCUGUCAUGAAAGCUAUAUUCAAACAUUUUACACCACUUGCUUUUGUGCAAGCAAAUACAAGAAAUCAAGAAAAAAACAACACAAAACUGUUGAACAUUGUGCCUCAUCUCCCACUGAGCCUGUCUUUGACUUUUGUCUCUCUCUCCUCUGUUAAAAGGAAACUCCUUGUACAUACAAUUUGAGAGUGCAUAAGAACUGCAUCAUUGUACAGUAUGUAUGUGUAAUGUGUGUGUGCGUCACUGAGCAUUAUCAACAAGCUAACAUGGUGGUAUGGCCGUCUCAGUCGUUUUAGUUUUCCUGUUACCUGCAGAGAACGGCAGACUGGGUUGGGUUUCCUAAAAUGAGACAAUUUUUUUUGUCUUUCAACAUCUCAGUGUUUUGUAUUUGAUCUGUUUCAGUUUUAUGUGGCGUGUGUGUUUAUAACUGUGUUAAACAGCCAGAAAAAUGUGCAAAUGUUGAUAACCGUUAAAAGCUCAUCAUAGUUAUUGUGGAACACACGAUUUUAGCAAUGCAAUUCUGCCAAAAAAAAAAGAACAACCUUUUUGCCUGAAAGAUGUGUGUUGACAGGGGGUUUUAAUUAAAACCUAAGGGAAAACCAUUCUUCUUCUCCCUCCACCCCGUGCUGAAUUUGAAUAAAUUGGUAAUUUCCCAAAAGAUCUCAGGGCUAACGUGAGCUUUGCUCCAUUGGAAGCAGAUGGGUCAAAGACGAUAGGAAGGGAAAAAAAAAACCAACAACACAGAAACAGUAGAGGCAGCAGCAAAUCAAGAUGCUUCUUUAGGACAAUGUACAUAAAUGUCCAGUUAUUACAGGAAACUGAGCCCAGCAUGACACACACAUUAGAUGCUGACAGAGAAAAAAAAAACAGUUCUACGCAUGAAGCUCAUUUUGAUAAACCCAGCCCAAUGCCAUAGACAGCCAUUGCUGUGAUGAUGCAUUGUUACUGAGUUAGACAGAGAGAGGAGCUGUGGGGUGUCGGGUAGUUAAUCUCACCCAAACUCAGGUGGACAUAUCACAUCCCUGUUUUUCUGAUUUUUUUUUAAAGUGAAAACUUUAAUCCAGAGGUCUGUGUGGCUUUUCAAAGUAAUCACUUUUUUUUUUUUAAAUUUCACUGAGUGGAGGAAUGAGUGAUUGUCAGAAUCAGAUUGUUGUAAUUUAUAAUGGACAGCUUCGGUUCAGUGUAAUGUUUAUCUCAUAUUAACGCUUUGUACUGUCUGUUCUUGGCAUCAUAUGUUCUGUUGCCCAUCUCCCUUACCCCGACUCCCCCUCAGAUUUUUUUUUUUUUUGUGGACUCCAUACAUUUUAAAGCCCAUUUCUGGAAAUGGGGCAGUUAUACGUAAUUAAAACUUGUGAAAUUCAUUGGAAUGUGGCAUUUUAUAUUUUGAAUACUAUAACUUUGUGUAUGAGGAAAUACAUAGAUUUAUUCAGCAUGUCCACUGAAAAAAAGGCAAUAAUAAUACCAUGUAGUGCAACGAGAAGGAUUAGGUUGACUGAAAGCUUUGCUCCAGCAAAACAUUUUUUUGACAGUGUUUUAUGAUGGUUGUUGAGAUGAGCUACUGCUGUGCUUUCUCUAACAGCCGCAAUGCAACAUUUGGACUUUUAUGAAAUCAAAUGCUCACUGUUCAUCGAAGUUCAUUUUCUGUGUGUGCAACCAGGACAUGAAAAAAAAAAUAAUAAUAAAAAUGUGGAUGUGAAAA